AAUUCAUCCCUCCUUAACUAUAAACUAAUCCGCUAUGGCUUUUCAUCUGUUCAUUCAGCCCCAAACCGUACUCACACUCAAAAACUUGACACCAGCAUUACCACAACAUACGCAGCCUUCAAACAUUGUUCCAAGUACCCCACAUCGAAGUUCACAUGUACGUCACGGUGUUAGUUCUCGAACUACCAACAGUACUGAUCCACUCUUAGCAAGGCGAUCUGCCGAUUACCACCCAAAUAUCUGGGAUUACGAGUUUGUGGAAUCGUUAGCUAGUGAAUAUAAUUAUAAGAAUGAGAUCUGUACUGGUAGAGCUGAAAAGCUGAAGGAAAAUGUAAGCUGCAUGUUUGAUGGAGCCAGUGGGUUGCCAUAUUCGCUGAAGCUGAUCGAUACCAUCCAAAGGCUAGGCUUGGAUUACCAUUUCCAUGAUGAGAUCAAGAGCGCCAUCGAAAAAAUCUAUAUUAAUUGCAAGGAUUAUAAGAGUGACCUGACUAUUGAAGCCCUAAAGUUCAGGCUCUUUAGGCAACAUGGUUACGAAAUCUCUCAAGGUGUGUUAAAGAGCUUUGUAGAAGAGGCUAAUGCGAACAGAGGAGGGGUUAAAGACUUCGAAGGCCUGCUAAGUUUGUACGAGGCUUCAUUCUACGCUUACAAAGGGGAAGAAAUCUUGAAUGAAGCCCGAAAAGUCACGAGCAAACAUCUUAAGAAUUGCCUAAAAGAAAGAAAUGAUAACAGAAGUAGAAUGUCGAUUUUUCUGGAAAAAGUGAUUAGUCAUUCCUUGGGUCUUCCUUUGUUGUGUAGAGUGCCGAGAAUGGAGGUCCGACAGCACAUAAAUAUGUAUGAGAUGAAACAGGAUAUAAAUGCCACCUUGCUUGAAUUUGCUAAACUCGAUUUCAAUAUGGUGCAAGCAACAUACCAUGAAGAUCUAAAAUAUGUUUCCAGGUGGUGGAGGGACUUAGCCCUUGAUGAACCACUAGGUUUUGCUAGAAACAGAUUAGUGGAAUGUUUUCUUUGGAGUAUAGGGCUUAACUCUGAGCCUAAAUACAGAAACGUUAGGAGACAAAUCACAAAAAUCGGUUAUCUGCUUACAGUAAUUGAUGACGUUUAUGAUGUCUAUGGUUCUCUGGAUGAACUCAAGCUAUUUACGAAAGCUGUUGAAAGGUGGGAUAUAAACAAAGUAAAUAACCUUCCACAUUACAUGAAGAUAUGUUUCUUUGCUCUGUAUAACACCGUUAAUGAAACGGGUUAUGAGAACCUAAGAAACAACAUUAAUCUAGACGUUAUGCCAUACUUAAAGAAAUCGUGGGGAAAUAUAUGCAAAGCAUUCUUGGUAGAGGCAACAUGGUACUACAGUGGUUACAUACCAACACUCGAAGAAUAUACAAAUAACGCCUGGAUUUCGGUAGGAGGGCCACUGCUGAGCAUCCAUGCUUAUUGUCAACUUGGAGACCAUGAAAAUAUUACAAAAGAAGCAUUAGAACACAUGAAUAAAAACCAAUCUGAUCUCAUACGUUGGUCAUCUAUGAUCUUUCGAUUUGCAAAUGAUUUGGCAACUUCAAAGAACGAGCUAGAAAGGGGAGAUGCUGCAACAUCAGUACAAUGUUACAUGCAUGAAACAGGUGUCUCAGAGUCUGUUGCCCGUGAAUAUAUGCAGCAUCUGAUAAGUGCUUCAUGGGAAAAAAUAAAUACAAGUCUACCGUCUUCCCAGCGUGUUUUCUCAAGUUCCUUUAUCAACACUGUCCAAAAUGUAGCUAGAAUGGGACAGUAUACGUACCAAUUUGGAGAUGGCCAUGGUAUACCAAAUCGCGAAGCAAAAGAUCGGAUAAUGUCAAUUAUUGUUAAACCCAUUCGAGUUUAAGAGAUGGAACUUCGAAGGAUGGAUGAACUACUAUUUAUUUAAAGGAUACAAUCAGUUAAACGACAAAUGCAAUUCAACGUUUGUUAGAGUCAUUAUAAAGAGUUCUCUAUAACCUAAAGGUCUAGAGAAACUAGAAGGAUAGCUUAUAAAUUAGAGGGAGGAUUUACUCUAUUUCUAUUUUCACAUUAUCUCAUGUUCUGGACGCCUUUAUUUAAACCAUAAUGAAUUGUAGCAGAUUUGAAGAUAA